GGACCAAGCAGACAAAGGCCUUUUCAGGGGCCUCGGGUGAUAUUAGAGCCCCUGUGCGGGGCUUCUUUCAUUGCUUGGGGAACGUUGAAGAGGGCUUCUUUCAUUAGGGAAUGCUCUUUUGAGACCAUUGAGGUGAGGCUGGAUGCGCUGGAAAGUGAUGAAGGGGAGGCAUCUGGAUCAACGGAAAAUGCCAGCCAGAAAACCUUUGAUGCAGAUUUUGGGCACUUUGGUGAGUCCGAUUAGGGAUGGUGCUAUCCACCUUGGGUGGGGCACCUGGCCAGCGUGUGUGUUGGGGGGAUGCCGGCAUGCCCUGCAGGACUAGUUUAUUCCCCCUCCCAGUUUCAGGGACUGCUUGGGUGCCUGAAAAGGAGACAGAACCAGAACCAGCUGCAUGACAGCAGGUUCUGGGAACACCCUGGGAACAGAAGUGGCAGAGCGGUAAGGUGGCCAGUGCAGACCCAGGGCAGGUGGCUGAGGGCAAGGGACCAGUGGCCACUAAUGAUAAGAUUGAGCACUACCCCCAGGGGGAGGUGUCCCUGCCCCUGGGCGAUCACUUGUUGCUCGCCACCAAGGAAAAGAUAUGGAGGAAUGAAUUCGUUGAUAUGUUCUUAUUAUUGUUCCGGGAAACAGAACCCAGAGAGGGGAAAGGGGGACCUGAGGGACAAAGAAAGAAUCAGAUACAAAACAGUUGACCGUAACUGGUCCAACUGGCUGGUUGGUUACAUGGUGUACAUGGGGGUUAUGUUACAGAAACAGCCAGUGUGGGGAGCAUCUAUGGUGAAGUAUUUGGACAUCAUAUAUCAUGCUUUCUUGGAGUACAGCGGGCCUGCUUGGGCUCCCUACAAUGAGGCCUUUAGGAGAUACUCAGCCAUGAACCCGGAGCUCCCUUGGGAUUGUCACCACCAACAACUCUGGAUGAGGAUCAUGGGCCCUAACCGGCCCGGGGGUGGGGAAUUCUCUGACUGUGGGCACUUAAUAGUAAAAUCUGCUGCUACACCCGCCAAGGGCCAGAUGCCCGGUGCUUCAGGCCAGUUUCGCCAGCCUUGCUGGGGAUUUGCAUCAGCAGGGACGUGCUUGUGCCACCCAUGUCGCUUUUGGCAUGCAUGCACUAUUUGCAGAGGCCCCCACUCAUUCAACUCCUGUCCGAAGGGCCACUGGCCCCGGACUGGCCACAGAGAUGGGCCCGCUGCCAAAAAAGGGGGUAGCCCCACUCCGGUAGCUCUGGAAAAGGGACCUAGCCCCAUAAGGCUGGGUCCUCUGUCUGUUGCAGCUUCUGCAGCAGUACCUGGUAGUGCGGGAUAGGGGUUAUCUGGGGGAAGAGUUUCAAAGGGGUUUCAGGAUCCCUUGUCAGGGUCCCAGGGUUAGUUCCUGGGCAGAAAAUUUGCGUUUGGUUAGGAGCGGAUUGUAAGGGCAAAAAUUGAUAAAGAAGUACAGGAAGGGUGGGUGCUGGGCCCUUUCCCUGAGCUGCCCUUACCCAGCUUUAGGGUUUCCCCUCUGGGAAACUUUUGCCUAAGAAGGCAAAAGGGGAAUACCGUUUGAUCCAUCACCUCUCCUUCCAGGCUGGAUCUUCCAGGAUCGGUAAAUGAUGCCAUACCUCAGCAGCUGUGUUCUGUUAAGUACACAACCUUUGAGGUGGCAGUGGAGAUGGUUCGAGUGCAAGGGAGGGGGGCGUGUUGAUGGGGAAGUGCGAUAUCAAGUCAGCCUUCAGGCUCCUUCCAGUCCAUUCAGACGACUUCGACCUCCUGGGUUUUGCCUUUGGGGCCAACUACUACAUCGAUAGGGCCCUGCCCAUGGGCUGUUCCAUCUCUUGUUCUGCCUUUGAGCAUUUCAGUUCCUUUCUAGAAUGGGCAGUGUGGGAGAGGGCGGGGCUUGCCUCUGUGGUGCAUUAGCAUGAUGAUUUUCUUUUUUGUGGUCCAGGGUCUUCAUCAACCUGCAAGUAUCUAAUGCAGGGAUUCUCAA